CUUGAUCUACGUGAUUACGACCGAGUUCAGAUUUGUUAUUUUCAGCGCGACGGGCACUGAACGUUAUCAGACUAUCAGAGGUUUCGUCUGUUCGACUGAUAACAAAUGAACUGCCGCCCAUCGUCGGACGAUAAACAAAAUAGUUUCCUUCGAUGGUAACUCGGUCGUCUCUAUAAAUUUGUCAUCGAUUUAUGUCAACUAUCGCUACUCCGUCCACGUCAUCUAGGAUGAUGGACGGAGACAGUGAUAAAUAUUUGUCAACUAUAUCUUAUGAAAAAAAGAUAUUAGCCAAGGAAAAUAUAGAAUUGAUAUUAGGGAAAGAUGUCAAGGAUUUUUUGGACAAAAAUCUAAUUUUCCGUAAUAUUUUUAAAUGUUUACGUUGUGAACUAAUUUUUGAGAAUGAACACCAAUCUCAUAAUUGUAUAGCAUUACCUUUAAACAUCAAUAAACAGAAGAAAUUAAAACGAGUAUUCAAAUGUUCACUAUGUGAUAAACACUAUCUUUUUCCAUCAUUAGCUAUGCUCCAUUUAAAACGUCAUCAAAAAUGUUUUGAAAAUAAAGUAAAGAACAUAUGUGAUAUUUGUAACGUCAAAUUUGAAACUACGAAAGAAUUAAAAGACCACUUUGAAGUGAAACACAAUAUUAUUCAAUUUCAAUGUAAUAUUUGCGAUAAAUUAUUCAAACAAGCCAGGAAUUUACAGUAUCAUAUGAUGAGUCACUCUGGAGACAAACCAUAUCAGUGUGAGUUGUGUGGACAUAAAUUUACUAGGGCCGAUCAUUUGGUUAGACAUCGAAGAGACAACUGUGAUCAAAUGGAAUUUGAAUGUGACUUAUGUGGAAAAAUUUACAAUACUAAAAGAGGUAUAAGAACGCAUUUGAAAGUGCACUAUGACAGCCCAAAGCCUGGUACUAUAUGGGCGUUGUAUACAGAAUCUGGACAAAAAUAUUAUGAAUGCACAUUAUGUAGCAAAACAUUUACACAAUUUUCUAGAUUCAAGGAACACAUUCGAACACAUACUGGUGAAAAACCUUUUGAGUGUCAAAUUUGUAAUAAAAAGUUUACCUGCCAUUAUAAACUUAAAAUGCAUGGUGAUGUGCAUACAAAUGAUAGACCCUUCAAAUGCAAUUAUUGUGAGCUUAGUUUUAAAAAUCGAAGAUACCUUAAUAAACACAUGCGCAAACAUGAUGGAAUUAAGAAAUAUCAAUGUAGAAUUUGCAAUAAAGAAUUUCAAUGGUACAAUAGUCUGAAAUAUCAUAUGGUCUCACACUCUGGUGAUAAACCAUAUGUGUGCAUUGAAUGUAACAAGUCUUAUUCACAUCUAAGUACCUUAGUAGCUCACCAACGGACCCAUAGUGGGGAAAAAAAUUAUGGAUGCCAUAUUUGCAAUAAAAAAUUUAGUCAUUCUAAUACGUUAAAAAACCACAUAAUCACUCAUAGUGAAGAUAAACCAUUCAAAUGUCAUCUAUGUCCAGCUCAGGUUGCUACAUGUGCGUCAUUGAAAACUCACUUGAAAACACAUGGUGGAGAUUUUCAAUGUAGUUUCUGUGGCAGUACUUUUUUCCAAUUAUCCAAUCUUAGAUGUCACGAACGUAAAAUACAUGGCAAAACAGAUUUCUAUGACUGUGGAGAAUGUGAAGAAAAAUUCAGCUCAAAAUUGCAAAUGAAAGAGCAUUUAAGACAUGAACAUAACAUUAUAUUCACAAAAACUGUUACUGUAUAUGAUGUUGAUUUUAUACAAGGUUUCUAUGAUUGAUCAUAUUGUAUCAAUUUAAUAAUUUGUUUUUUAAAUAUAACAAAUGUUUAAAAAAAUUGUUGAUAACCAAUAAACAUUGGUUUAUUUUUAAAAAAUUAUAUUAUUUUAUGUUAUGUAGUUAAAUUAGAAAAUUUGUCAUUAUACCUUUUUCAAGGCUGGCUUAAUGGCAAUGUAGUUGCAUAAGCAUAGUGCAUUGCAUAUUUAAAUGCUCCAUAGCCAAUCAGAUAAAUUGAACUAUUAGAUAUUUAUGGCUGAUUGUCACAGUUUGACAGUUACACAAUUAUUACAUAUUGUUAAUAAUUCAUUAGUUAUUACUUAUUAUUUAUUUUAAUGCAAUAUUAAUUGUAUUAUUUACUUAUUGUUUAGUUUUGUGUUAUUUAGUGAAUUAGUUAUGAUUAGUUAAAACAAAUUGUAUUUAUUCAGUUAUCUAGAUUUAUUGAUGUGCAUAAAAUCGUACUGACUAAGUACCACCAAACCUUACCACUAAAUUGGUUUCUUAAAAAAAAUUUCUCAAAUACCCAAUAUUUAUCAAGCCCUGUCUUUGAUUUUAUAGUGUUUUUUAAGACAAUUGUGUUCAUUAAUUAUAACCAGGACUUAAAAGUUGGAUCACUUAAAAUGUUACUUUUUAGCUUUUAAAUAUGCACUAUAACUAGCACAAAAAAUCAAAAAAUAUGCAUUUAACUUGAAAAAAAAUUAAAUGUAAUUUUACAAAUUUUUGAGCUCACAGACGUCAAGGACUGUCUAGACUGGUUGAAUUAUAAACUGUUAGCAAAAUUGUUAAAUUAUUUAAAUAUAUAUGUAAAAGUUUA